AUGGUACAUGUAUACAAAGGUUUAUUUUUAGAAUGUGAUCCACCAACAAAGCAAUUUGUUGAAUAUAUUAGCAAACAAGAACAUUUUGAAGUUAUUGUAUUAGAUGAAACCCAUCUUUUUCUACAAGCAGCUGAUGAAAAAAUUAUAAAUACAAUCCAAAGAAGAAUUGAUGAUUUACAAAAUCAAAAUACCUAUUCAGUAUUUGAUAAAGAUCAAUAA